GAUCAGGCGCGUUGUUGAUCGUUUCAACUGCACUCCAACUUGAGCUGGAGCUAACUAUCCAAUGAUUGACUCGAGGAUGCUUUCCAGGGUCGCUGGGCCCAUGGUCAACCAAUCUGACCUCCCAUUCCGGACUCUCGUGCAGCGCUACAACACGACCCUGGUCUACACGCAGAUGCUCAAGCCUGACCGCCUUUUAAACGACCGCGACUAUCUAGAUUUUCAUUUGCGGGAUCUAUCACUCCUCCCUGCCACUGAAGAGCAUCCCGUAGUAAUACAGCUUUGCGGCAACGAUCCUCAGCAGAUCGUUGAUGCGGGGCGGAAAGUGCAGAACUAUUGCCAAGGAAUCGACCUGAAUUUGGGGUGUCCGCAACAGUCAGCUAUGGACGAACAUUUCGGAGCGUACCUGCUCAGCCCACGGGAUUGGCCCCUGGUGGAAAAUAUCGUUUUGCUCAACAGUUUCGUGCAUGGCUCAUUCUUUCACCGUACCAAUCUCCGCCAAACUGCGACUGUGCCAGCCAGCUACGAAGACCAGCGAAUUGGCUCAGCGGCUGGAAGCAAACGGCGUUUCUUGGCUCACUUUGCAUGCCCGCACAGUCUCUGCGAGACACAGACGCCACGGUCCAGCUGAUCUCGCUCAGGUUAAGAUUCUGAAAGACGUUCUUCGAGUCCCGGUCGUCAGCAAUGGGAAUGUUCGCACUUGGGACUGUCUUCGUCGAAAUUUGGAUGAAACUGGAGCUGAUGGGCUUAUGGUUGCAGAAACUCUGCUGGGCAAUCCGUGUCUGUUCUCAGAUAAUCGUGUUCCACCUGAUCCCGUUGUGAUUUCUCUCGAGUACCUUGCGCUGUGCAAGGAACUGGACACGGCCUCGCUCCCAACAAUCGCUGCACAUAUCAAGAAUAUCCUGGGGUUCCAAUGUGAUCGGAAACCUUGGUACAACGCCUUCAAAUUAUUGUUGAGAAAAUGCACAGAUCUGGCUGAGAUCGAGGCCUUGCUACAGGGACAGGUUGGACGAUGGAGACGCGGGUCCGAGCCAUCGAGUGUACCAAUCGCUGCGGAGCCAGAUUCAGCAUCUGAUGGUAUCGAAGAUUUGUUCUUAUAACGUCUGGUUUAGUUCGUUUUGAAGCGUUACCGAUGUACCCCCACAACUGGCUCAACUUGGCUCAACUUGCUUCUAACCAGUUGAGAUCUGUCAAGGUCUCUACGGUAGUUCCACUCCUCUCAUGCGUCGGAUCACAGGACGCGUUGUCUUUCGCUGCUCCAGCCACGAACGGAGCUCGUGUUCGGACCCCGAAGAGAUCGAGGCGACGGUGGACCUCUUUCUCAGCCGUGGCCACCACGAAGUACGCCGGCGCCAACGAGCAACUUUUCGGCAAUAUGGACUGGAAGACCAAGGGGGUGUUGAUGGAGACCAAGCUAUUCUCUGUGCCGCCCGAACUGGGGCUCAAGCACAUCGGCGAUCAUUCGCCUGAAAGCAUCCGCAAGUUCUGCCAGAUGUCGCUCGACGCUCUCAAGACUGACCAGGUUGAGAUGUGGUAUCUGCACGGCCCUGACCACCGCAACUCUUUCGAAGAUUCGCUGCGCGCGGUCAACGAACUUUACAAGGAGGGGAAAUUCAAACGCCUGGGCAUCAGCAACUACACCGCCUGGGAGGUUGCCGAGAUCGUCGGGAUCUGCGAACGGCAUGGAUGGGUGAAGCCUACGGCAUACGAAGGACUUUACAACGCGAUCCACCGGGCGGCGGAGCCAGAAUUGUUUCCCUGUCUUCGCAAGUUUGGGAUUGCGUUCUACGAAUACAACCCACGUCAUUGGCGGAGGCUUCUUCACUGGGCGUUACACCGGCGCAGACAGUGGAGCGGACCCUGGGUCUCGCUUCGACAGCAGCCAUGCAGCUGGCACGGCAAGUCGCACGCUUCCAUCUGCAGCUCUCUGAUCUCAUCUGUGUUCCAGAUGUACCGGAAGCGCUACUGGAAUGACAACUACUUUGAAGCGCUUGCCGAGAUCAAACAGGUUGGCGAGAAGCAUGGGCUCACGCUGCCCGAGAUUGCGCUGCGCUGGAUUAAUCACCACUCUCUCAUGAAAAGGGAGCACGGUGACUCGAUCCUCAUCGGUGCUUCUCGGAAGUCGCAUCUAGAACAGAAUCUCGUCGAUCUUGAGAAGGGACCCUUGCCGGAGGAAGUGGUCAAGGUGCCGGACGACAUGUGGGACAUGAAGCUCGAAGACGUUUGCUCAAGCUAUGCCUUCCAAAUAACAUAUAAGGGUGACGUAUCCAGCGUAGAGAAAAGCAACAGCGAGGACAAUCACAACCACAGCAAUGACGAGGCAGAUGAUCAGCACCCAGCUCAUGUCCCGGUGAUGGCUCUGGUUGCCGCCACCGUCUGUGCUCGCCAUGAUUUGGGGCACCUUCGGCGCGGCAAGAACAUCGGAUGUGCCGACCAGUUGAUCCCACGGCGCCAUCCCAAACUUGCCCUGGACGAUGGCCGACGUCAGCGAGAUGGACGACAUGGAAAGAAAGGCGCUGGGGCUGCUGAAGUUCGCACUGAAAUUCCAGGACUGGUCGGUUAUGACAGUAUCCGAGCUGCCGUCCGAGUAGUCGACUUGCAUCGCUGCGAUGAGCCCAGCAAACGACAGUUGGGGCGUCUGCAUGUCGUAGAGGAAAUUCUGCGCUAUGAUAUCAAAGACGAGUGA